AUGAGGGAGAAGCUCGCAAGUCUGCAACCAGCUUUGGUCAAUCGCUCGGCCCUUCUACAUGACAACGCGCGACCUCAUACUGUACAACAGACGUCAUACACCUUACAAGAGCUGGGGUUUGAAGCUCUCCGUUAUCCGGCUUACUCACCAGACCUUGCGCCUACAAACUUCUACUUUUUCCAGAACUCGGAUAACUUUUUGGCGGAAAAAACUCAAAACACGAGAGGCAGUACAAAAUGCCUUUGA